AUGAUAAUGAAAGCUUUUCAGGCCCGUCCUCUAGCUCAUCUUAUCGAAGCCAAAAGAGAAAGGGAGGCGAAAUCUGCGAAAAUGACAACCAAUGCCAAGCUGAAGCGGAUUGACUCUAUCUGGGGAAGUGGCCAUGGUGUUUUGUGUCUUCAGAUCAAUCACAGUGUUUCUGAUGAAGAAGCAUUUGUACGAGAGGCUGCGUUGAUCGAGGCGUUGCGACUAGAGAACUUGACUAAUAUAAAGGGAGGCGAAUGGCGUGGUUCAAGCAAAGUAUGGACAUUGCCUAUGAAGGCCCAAUUCGGGACCUAUCAACUACAACGAGCCCUUGGUGUCCUGAAAAUGGAAGGCUUCCGUCCGAUAAAACCGGAGGCACUGCCGGAAUCUUCCCCAUUCCAUGCCCCAAAGAAGCACACUUGA